AUGAGUUCUGUUUGCAUUGGGAGCUGCGUCAAUGAUGCCCGUGCUCCGGUGAGGGCAACAUACAUGAAUUUGUACAAGUGGCCGGAAUCUGACGCCGAGUUCGUGAAGUCGGUGAGCUCUAACGUCUGCAGGGGCGGGCAACCGAGAGUGGUGGAUAGCAUUUCGUGUAGGCAGAUGUACCUGAGGAGCUACACAUUUUCAAGGAAGGAAACCAUGCCCGAGAAGACGAAGAAGUGCUUCGGCAGAGUUAAAGAGAGGGUGGUUUACAGGAGGAAAAGAAAGGUUGACAGUGGCGGUGGCGGAAGGAAGUGCUUGGUGAUGAGGAGGGUGAAGGAGGUAUCCUACGCCGCGUUAUUGUCUAUCUUCCACAGGCUCUUAUCAUGUACCUCCACUGUAGACGUGGUGGGUGGCAGAGACUCGUGA